GUCCGCCAUAUUGCAGUGAUACAGCGAGAUUUCCCACUUGUCUUGAGUGAGCUGAAGACGUACGAUAUUUAGCUAGUUUCCUCAUCAACCGGCAUAAUGUUUGCUACACAAGUCCAUGGAGAUAAUGGUAAAAUGAAGGAGUAUCACUACACUGGACCAGUAGAGCACCGGUUCUCUCCCUAUUCAUUCAAUGGAGGGACUGUGCUUGCUGUUGCUGGUGAAGACUUUGCCAUUGUUGCUUCAGACACUCGCCUGAGUGAAGGCUAUUCAAUCCACAGCCGUGACUCUCCAAAAUGCUACAAGUUGACUGAUACAACUGUCAUAGGUUGUAGUGGAUUCCAUGGAGAUUGCUUGACACUUACCAAAAUCAUUGAUGCAAGACUAAAGAUGUACAAGCACUCCAACAACAAGAGCAUGACAAGUGGAGCCAUUGCAGCCAUGCUGUCAACUAUCCUGUAUGGUAGAAGGUUCUUCCCCUACUAUGUGUAUAACAUCAUUGGUGGCCUGGAUGAGGAGGGUCGAGGAGCUGUGUACAGUUUUGAUCCAGUGGGAUCUUACCAGAGAGACACAUAUAAAGCUGGAGGCUCAGCAAGUGCAAUGCUGCAACCUCUGCUUGACAACCAGAUCGGAUUCAAGAACAUGGAGGGUGUGCAGCACUUGCCCCUGAGCCAGGAGAAGGCUCUGCAGCUGGUCAAAGAUGUUUUCAUAUCCGCUGCUGAGAGAGAUGUGUACACCGGGGAUGCUCUCAGGAUCUGCAUCGUCACCAAGGAUGGCAUCAAGGAGGAGAACGUCCCUCUGAGGAAGGACUGAAUGACAUAUUCCCGCUGCCAUGUCAAGCUACUACUUUUGUCUGGAUUUUUCAUAUUUUGGACUCAUUGCCUGCUUUUCUUUUUACAUUUAUGUUGACAAAUAAAAAUGUUCCCAG